AUGGGUGACUUCUACGGAGUGCUGGGGCUGACGCCCUCCGCCAGCGAUGCGGAGAUUCGGCACGCCUAUAAGAAGGCGGCUUUGCGCUGGCAUCCCGACAAGAACCCCCAGGACAGAGCGCAGGCGGAAGUCAUGUUCAAGAAGAUCGCUGCAGCCUACAAGGUGCUCAUUGACCCCGCGCAGCGCCGCGCCUUUGACGCCAAGUCAGGACCGCCGAGUGGCUUGCGACGUGAGCCUGGCGUGAUGCAGAGAGCGCCGGCGCCGGCGCCCGCGGCGCCGGCAAGUGCAGCCAUGCCGGAGGUGAACAUAGAGGAUGCCUACAACCUCUUCCGCGACUUCUUCGGGCACGAUCCCUUCAAGGACUUCGACAAGCUGGCGGCCAGCAUGGGCGCCGAUGUGUCCAACGGCUAUAUCGUGUCCUCCUCUAGGAGCUUCGCGACGCCUCCCUGCCGAGCGGCAGCAGCGACACGACCGCAUACGGUUUCGCGGAGUGUGCCCAAUCCUUCGCAGCCGUCCUCCGCAGGACGAAGGUCCUUGUUGGCGCGAUGCGUUAGUGAGCAGGGGGUGGCCUAUCGUCGGUCGCCGAACUUGGCAGACCGUGAAAAUUCCUUCGCCGGCCCCGUGUUCAACGACAUCAUGCCCAUCGAGGCCCUGCAAGGCGACUGGCUCCAAACUGCCAAGGGCUGGCUGCCACGCAGCGUGCAGGGGCGGGACGUCAUGGAAGUACUCGACCCAUCACUUGUGCUGCAGGCCAAGUGUAUCUCCGCGCAGGGCGUGGCCUACCGGAGGAGUACCGACCUGGCUGACCGAAUCGUGGAGAUCAAUGGACCCGGCUUGGAGGAGGUGGUGGCGGUUGAGGAGCGUACUGGGGAAUGGCUGCGCUGCAAAGACGGCUGGCUUCCAUUGUCCAUAGGCGGCAAUCCCGUCUUCCAACUCUAUGCGGAGACAAGACAGGUGCAGCCAGCUCCUUCUGCUCCGGAGCCUGAGCCCGAAACUCAUCGCACCUGGCAAUGGCCUUGGGAAGGACUGACCAGCAGCUGGACCUGGUACUUUGUACGAACGUAUUGGAGCUGGAGCUAUCGCUUCGCCCACAGCUACCCAUCGCUGGCGCUGAGCGUCGCGGCAGUGUCCUGCAGCUCUUUGUGCAUCGUGCUCUACUUCACGAGGAUGAUGGUGCGCGGCUGGUGGUACGCUUUGCCAUCCUUCCGCUGA